CUCUCUUUAGCAGCAGCCUUCCUGUCUGGAAAGGAAACACUGCUCUGAUUGGAGAUAUUGGCCAUUUUACAGACUUCAAAGCAACUUAGGCAACUGCACAGACAAGAGGGAGAACAGGCUAAAGAAAUGUCAAGAAUUGGGAGCUUUGAGGGUUUCCAGCCUGUGUCUCUGAAGCGAGAGGAAGAUGACCAACCUUCUGAGAUGGAUCAGCUGUCCGUGGAGGAGAGGGAGCCAGAAACACAGGUCCCAGCGCCAAAGCAGAUUUCAAGGCUGCCAAGUGUCGUUGAAUCAGCUCUCUACCCGAAUCCCUAUCACAAGCCUUAUCUCUCACGGAAGUACUUCGUCACUCGGCCAGGGGCCAUUGAGACCGCCAUAGAAGACUUGAAAGGCCAUAUUACCAAGACUUCUGGAGAGACAAUUCAAGGCUUCUGGCUCUUGACAGAGAUAGACCACUGGAACAAUGAGAAGGAGAGGAUUUUGCUGAUCACAGAGAAGACUCUCUUAAUUUGCAAAUAUGACUUCAUCAUGCUCUGCUGUGUGCAGUUGCAGAGGAUCCCCCUGAGUGCUAUCUAUUGCAUCUGCCUGGGCAAGUUUUCCUUCCCUGCGAUGUCACUGGACAAGAGACAAGGAGAAGGCCUCAGGAUCUACUGGGGGAGUCCUGAGCAACAGUCACUGUUAGUCCGCUGGAAUCCGUGGUCCACUGAGAUGCCUUUUGCUACCUUCACUGAGCACCCUAUGAAAGACACAAGUGAGAAGUUUCUCGAAAUUUGCAAGUUGUCUGCGUUCACAUCUAAGCUUGUUCCAGCUAUCCAGAAUACCCACAAGAAUUCCACUGAAUCUGAAAGAGGAAAGGGAUUGAUGGUGCUCACUGAACCCAUUUUGAUUGAGACCUACACUGGGCUAAUGUCAUUCAUUGGAAACCGAAACAAACUUGGCUAUUCCCUUGCCCGGGGGAGUAUUGGUUUUUGAUACUCUUUUUGGUGGAUAAAGAAAUCAUCCAUAGCUACAUGAUUAUUGAAGAUUCUGUUUCAGCUCACCAUAUUUUUAGAUUGAAAUAAUCAACUACUUUUAAAUGGUAUCACAUGAUUUUAAAUAUUUAGUAUCUUAGGAGAUCAAAAACUUUGAUUAGACUGAU